AUGGAGGCAGAGGAGAUCCUGGCAGAGGCCGGGAGCAAGGAGGCUGCGAGCAUAGUGGCUAGCCUAGGUGCAUUGGAUGUGCUGGAGGUGUUUUCACCUCAGCGUGUGACAAAGGAGCUGAAGCGGUUCGGCAUGCGUGACGGAGCGGCGGUGGACCUAGAGGAGAUGAAGCCAGAUGGGUCAGAGAGGUGGAACCUCGACAGGCCAGAAGAUCAGAAGGAGGUGCUGAAGAUGAUUCAGGUGGAGGAGCCGUGGCUCCUGACGAGCUCACCGCCGUGCACUACGUUUAGCCCACUGAGGAACGUGUCCAAUGGCAAGAGGGACCCGGGCGUGGUGCAAGAGGAGGAGGAGCUUGGAAAGGCGAGGAUGAGAACCGCGAUGAAGUGCUGCAAACAACAGCGGGAGCAGGGUGCCUUUUAUCUCCAUGAGCACCCGAAACCGUCCACGUCAUGGAAGAUGCCGGAAGUGGAAGAGGAGGUGAAUCGAGACGACACGUACUUGGUUCAGAGUCCGAUGUGCCGUUGGGGCAUGAAGAUGGAGGACCGAGAAGGGGAAAUCCUGCAUGUGAGAAAGGAGACUUUGUGGCUGACGAACUCGAGGAGGAUCGCAGAAGAGCUGGAGGGCGUGUGUGAGAAUGUCCUACAAGGUCGAGAAGUGCAUCGGCAUGUUCAUCUGGUGGGAGGUGGACGAGCUAAGGCUGCGCAGGUCUACCCCAAGGAGCUGGUGGAGGCAAUUCUACGUGGCCUGAGGAAAGAGCUACGAGAGAGGGGAGAGAUCAGUGCGGUGGAGGAGCAGUUGUCAGGCCCGACACCGGAUGAGUACGUCGAGCAGGAAGAGCUCUACAAGGAGGAGUUCGGCCAGUUUGUGGAUGAUGUGACCGGUACGGAGUUGCCGGCGCACCUGGUGAAGGCGGCGCGAAAGGAGGAGCUGGGCUGGCUCCACAAGGAGGGCGUCUACGUGAAGGUCCCAAGGAGGAUCUGCGAAGGGAAGGGCAUGAAGCCCUUGCAGUUGAAGUGGCUGGAUAUUAACAAGGGAGACGCGACCCAGGUGAAGGUAAGGAGCAGAUUGGUGGCGAAAGAAGUGCGAAAGGCAAAAAGGCCUGAAGAUCGACUUCGGGCGGAGGAAACGUUCGCGGCGACCCCGCCGCUGGAGGCGGUGAACCUGCUCCUGAGCCUGUUCAUGACGGAGAACCCAGAAGAGCCGGACGCCAAGGUGGCUUGCUGGGACAUCAGCCGAGCACACUUCAUGGGACGUGCGGAAAGAGAACUGUACGUGGAGUUGCCGGAGGAGGACCAGUGCGGAGAUGAUGGUGAAGAGAGUCCGGAGCCUAUGGUGGGACUACUUCGCAGGUCCAUGUAUGGGACGCAAGAUGCCAGCAAGGUGUUCCAGGGCGACUACAUCGGCUGGUUGAAGGAGCAUGGUGCAGAGUUUUGUGCACUGUGCCCCGCAAUCUUCAAGAUAGCGGAGAGAAGGUUGAUUGGCCUGGUCCACGGGGACGACUUCUUGGUGAAGGGCAACGGGGCCAACUUGCAGUGGUUGGACGGCGUGCUGAACACGCGCUACACGGCAAGGCUGGAGGCCAUGCUUGGCCGCGGCGCGGAAGAUGACAAGGAGAUGUUCUUCUUGAACAGGAAGAUCCGCUUCAAUGUCAAGCUGGAUGAUGCGGCGAGGUGGAAAUUGGAGUUGGAGGCGGAUGCAAGGCACGCGGAGAUAGUGAUGCGCUACUUCGGGUUCAAUGAGAAGACCAAGGGCGUGGACAUCCCGGAGGAGAAGAUGCGGGACGUCGAGAGAGUUGCUGAGGAGCGCCUGCCAGAGCUGGAUGCCGAGCAGGCGGUGGACUAUAGGAGCAUGGUGAUGCGCCUGGCUUAUCUGAGCCAGGACCGCCCUGAUUUGGGGCAUGCGGUAAAGGUGCUGAGUUCGGCAAUGAGGUCGCCGAAGCAAGGUGACAUGCAGCGGCUGAAGCGCGUGGCGAGGUACUUGGUGAAGGUCCCCUACCUCAAGAAGAUCUUCAAGCAGCAGCCUAUGAGAGAAAUGGAGGUCCGAGCUUGGUCGGACAGUGAUUGGGCUGGUGAUCCGUUGACACGGAAGUCGGUGACGGGGGCGGUGAUCAAGAACGGUGGCCACACCCUCAUGGUGCGCGGUGUGACCCAGAAGAUCGUUGCGCUGAGCAGCUGCGAGAGCGAGUACUAUGGAAUGUGUCGGACGGCCACUUUGGCCGAGUUCGUGAGGAACGUGAUGGCCUUCUACAUGGGUGAGAAGGUGCCGGUGGUGAAGAUGCUGGUGGAUAGCUCCGCGGCGAAAGCCAUGACGGAGCGGAGAGGCGUCGGGAAGACGCGGCAUGUGCAAGCCCGGUACUUGUGGCUGCAGGACCGGGUGGCGGAGAAGGCGCUCAGGGUGGAGAAGACGCCUGGAGCGGUGAACGAUGCGGACGUGGUGACGAAGGUCCUGUCGGGUGGCGUCAUGAGAGGCCAUUUGACCCGAAUGGGAUUCGAGGCCAGUGACAACAAAGGUCACAAGGCCUUGUUCUUUUAG